AUGACACCUUCGACGAUCCUCGUGCUGCGCAUCAGCAAGCCCGGCGCGCUCUUCGCUGUGGGCCCUCGUUCGCCUCGUGGGGUUCUUCUGGUGCCAGACGAGAUACAGGCGAGCUCGCUCACGAUCUAUGCCCUCAGCAGAGACCACGACCUACCAGACGACGGCUUCUUCUUCGGGCGCGUGAGCAUGCAGACGCGCGAGCCGCUCCGUGCGAUCUGGUUCACGACGCUUGCAACAGCCGGGCCCGGCUCGUUCUACAUGGGCGACGGCUGGCUCGGGUGGUACUGUACUUAUUUCAGAAGGCAUGCGACUACCAUGGGUCCGGCGCCGAACGUCGACCAGCACGACGACAGGUCGCGGUCGUUGGAGGACGCUAAAACCAACGAUGUUCACGAGAAAGAACGCGAUGACGGCGCAGCAUAUGGCAAUGCCACAAUCCCCGAUUAUCCCGUUAAGUCCGGAGACGAUCUCCUUGCGUCGAGGCUCCAACGAGCUCCAACGCGCAUGGAUCUGCACGUAACGAGGGAACGCACGCGAUACAAGACAAGUCGUUAUAUUUAG